UUGUCUGUGUAUUCAUUCCUGUCUGUCUGUCUGUCCCUGUAUACAGCGUUCCGUGCCCUCCUGGACAACUAUGAGAUGCAACUUGGUGAGGCGGAGUUCUACACAUUUGAGGAGAAACAGGAGACGCUCCACUUCAUAGACACAAUCAUGACAACGGAGGUGAUGAAGGAGGCCCAUAAGUUCUUGGUAGAACAUGGUAAAGCACCGGAGGAUGAGAUAGAGUUUAAAACCAAGAUUUUGCGACUCUGGUUCAAGUUGGUACGCCGUACCAAAGGUGACAGGGACCAGGAUUCAUCCAGUUUUGAACAUGUCUUUGUUGGGGAGACCAAGCAAGAGGGGAUGAUCGGUCUCCACAACUGGAUGCAGUAUUAUCUCCAGGAGAAAGCUAGCAAUAUUGAUUAUCAGGGCUACAAAAAAAGGUGUACAGUUCUGGAUGAUGAAGUCGAUCGCAUAAUAUGUACCAAGUUCCUGUGGCGAGGUCGAACGGGCAAAGCAGCGUGUAGCAUGUUCCUGGGAAGCAGUCCAGAAUUUGAUAUUGCAGUGUUCACCACCUGCUUCCUAAUGGGCAAGAUCGGUCACUGUGACUAUCAGAUAGGGGAAUACGAGGUGGAGGUGGUCGUCUACCCUUUUGGCUCUGUCAUUGGAACAGCUUACAUCGUUCCAGCACGCAUGGAUGAGGACGACGCCAAGAAAUGAUAGAAAGAAGAUAAGACAGGGAUGGAAACGCUGCUGAUGGGAGGAUGAAGAAGAAAGAAAACACUGCAACAAAACUCACAUCCAUACAUACACAUUCAUAUAUGCACACGCACACACACACACACACACACACACACACACACACAUACGUUAAAUAAAAUAAGAUAACAAGGCCAAGGCAAUGUGAUAUUUCUAGGACACUUUUAAAGAGAAAGAUGGCCUUACAGCUGUUUCAGGGAAACAACCUAAACCCCAUCAUCAGAGACAAGUUAAGAGAGUCGAAAUGGAAAGAAUUAGUAGAGUU